AUGCUGUUCAAGUCGCUCGUCGCGGCCUUUGGCCUUCAACUCGCCGUUGAAGUCGUCGCAAGCCCUCUCUUGCGCGACAAGGUCCCAGCCAAGCGUGAUGUUCCAUCUACCCACAGGCUUCAUGAACGCCACCCGCCCCGCACGGCAAACCACUGGACGAAACGGGAGAGAUUGUCCCGAAAGACUGUUUUGCCCAUGCGCAUUGGCUUGAAGCAGCGGAAUAUCGAUGCCGGACAUGCCAGGCUCAUGGAUAUCUCUAACCCGAGAUCUCCCAACUAUGGCAAACACAUGACGGUCGAGGAAGUGACCGACUUCUUUGCUCCGGCACAGUCUAGCGUGGACGCCGUGAUUGAAUGGCUUGUCUCUUCCGGCAUUGAUCGCAAGCGCAUCGGCCAAUCGGCAAACAAACAGUGGAUUCAGUUUGAUGCCCCGGCUGAAGAGGCCGAAGACCUCCUGGUGACCGACUUUUACUACUGGGAGGACAGCACCGGCUCACACAGGGACAUUGCGUGUGAACAGUACCAUCUGCCAGCCCAUAUCCAAGAGCACGUCGACUAUGCGACUCCUGGCAUCCGGUUGCGCGCAAACAAUGUCAUGAAGCGCGAUGCCGAGAAGCGCAAUGUCAACAAGCGUGCGGUGACGAACGUCCCAGGCCUUCGCGAGGGCCCUCACUUUACCAACAAUGUCGCCUACAUCAAUGCCGUGAACGAUGUCCCAGGAGUCAAUUCCACCUCUUGCAGCAGCUUCAUUACCGCCGAUUGCGUCAGAGUUCAGUAUGGUGUUCCCAAUGGCACGACAGCCGCCGACGGCAAUGAGCUCGGAAUCUUUGAAGACUUGAACGACCAUUACAGCACAGCUGAUCUUGACGCAUUCCUCGCGGCCGUUUACCCCGAUCUCGAUAUCCCUGCCGGGACGUAUCCUGAGAACCGCUUGGUCGACGGUGCCAUUGGAUCUUACGAAGACAUCGUGGCCACUAUCGGCACCCAGUUUGGUGGUCUUGGACUUGAGUCUUCGUUGGACUUCCAGUCAGCCAUCCCCCUCAUCUGGCCCCAGAAGACGGUCUUGUUCCAGACAAACGACGAGUACUACGAGAUUGUGGGAACCGAAGGAUUCUUCAACACUUUCCUCGAUGCUAUUGACGGUAGCUACUGCAGCUUCACCGACUACGGCGAGACUGGAGAUUGCACUGAUCCUUCAUGCGCCGACCCUGUUUACCCCAACCCCAACUUUGACGCCCCCAUUGGAUACCAAGGAGAGAAGCAGUGCGGCGUGUUCAAGCCUACCAAUGUCAUCUCAGUCUCCUACAACGGCAUCGAGGAUCUUCUCCCCAACAACUAUCAGUACCGCCAGUGCGACGAGUACCUGAAGCUGGGCCUGCAGGGAGUCACCGUCGUCUUCUCCUCUGGUGACUACGGCGUCGGCACCCACCUGGGCUGUAUUGGCCCCAACUCGGAGCCCAACGUUGGAAUCAUCUUCACUCCUGGUUUCCCCCAGACGUGCCCAUACAUCCUCGCAGUCGGCGGCACUGAGCUCAGGCGGGCAGACCCCAGCGCGCCUCCAGUCGAGUGGGAAAUCCUCGAGGAGGUGGCCACGACUCAGUUCCCCAGCGGUGGAGGCUUCAGCAACAUUUUUGGCGUCGCCGAUUACCAGACGGACGCUGUCAACGGCUACUUUGACACAGUCGAGUCAUCUCUGCCGUUCAAGUCGUACAACCAGACCAUUGUUGACGGCAACUUUGACAACGUCACAGAUGUCAACCAGGUUUAUAACCGCGGUGGCCGUGGUUUCCCUGACGUGGCGGCCGUGGGAGAGAACCAGCUCAUUGUUUACGGCGGCCAGUUUGGCACCAUUGGCGGAACUUCGCUGUCGACGCCCGUCUGGGGAUCUCUGCUGACUCUCAUCAACGAGAAGCGCAUUGCUGCUGGCAAGAGCACUCUUGGAUUCGUCAACCCAGCUCUAUAUCAACACCCAGAGGCAUUCACCGACAUUACAGAGGGAAACAACAACGGCUGCAGCUCUCCUGAUCAGACAACUCUUUGGGGCUUCCCAGCUGCUGCUGGAUGGGAUCCGGUGACGGGUCUUGGAUCGCCAAACUUUGCCGCCCUGGAGUCGGUUCUGGUCGCUCUGUAA